CUGUAAUGGAGGGCUUUAAGGAUGGGCUUAUGUCUUAAAGAGUAAAACAUAGUUAAAGGAGGGUUAUUAAAUGUGAAAAGUCUUUCUAAUGUCCUCAAACAUCCUCUUCUGCUCCCUGCAGAUGGCAGUAGAGGCGUUUAGGCUAACACCGUGUUAGCUCCUCUCCCAAUCACUUCCCGCGGUCAGAGGAAACCAAGAUGGCGGCUCCCCUGCGUCGAUAACAUUCCCUUCUCAAUGUUACCUUCCAGAACCUUAAAGACCAGAUAAACCUUCACACUGAGACUCUGACUGACUGCCUCUUUACCUCAUCUUAACCCCGACAUGUUCCAGGUCAUCAGCGGGAGGACCGUCCAGGCUGCCCGGCUCCUCUCCCCGAGGACCGCCGUGCUCGUGGAGGCAGUCCGGGGCAGAAAGUCCCGCACGGACCCGGUCGCCAAGUCCAAAGAGGGGCGCAUCAAAGUGCCUCCCCCCGUGGACCCGGUGGAGAUGGUGGUCCUGAAGGAGAGAUACUCGGAGUACCAGCUGAUUAUGAGGGCUCUACGUCUGGAGUUUAAGGAGGAGAUGCUCAGGAAGAAAUACGAGGAGGAGACGGGCUCCCUCGCUGCGGAGAGAGCGAGGCAGGACAUGGAGGAGCAUCGCACCCUCAUGGCGUGGAACGACGAGGAGAACCAGCGCCUACUCAAUAUCAGGAUGUUGAGGAUCCAGAAGGAGAAGGAGGAAGUGGAAACCAAGCAGAUUGAAGCUGCCAUCCAGAGAGAACAAGAACAACAAGAAUUAAUCAAAGAAAAGGAGAAGGAAAUUUUACAGCUACAGGAGGACGCAAAGAACUUCAUCACCUUGGAGAACUUGGAUCAGCGGAUAGAAGAAGCUCUGGACAAUCCAAAGAACUACAACUUUGCCGUCGACAAACAAGGGCGGGUCGUCAAACAGACAGUGCAGCAGUGACACACAGGACACACCUGGUUAUGUCUCACACAGGAGGCAGAUGGAACACACAGAGGUCUGUCAGUCUGAGCCGAGCUGGGAGAGAGCUUCCUUAUAACUAACAGAACACAGCGUGAGAGGAUCGUCCUAACAGUUCAAGAAGAAAUAUCUGAGACAUUUUCAUCAGCAGAUAUCAUGGAGAGCUAUGUGUUUGCUUUCAUCGAGCCUGUAUCAUUGCUGUAAGGUGUUCAUCUGAUCAUAACUGUCCUCAGAUAAUGUAUGUUAAGUAAAUUAAGGUUUAUUGCAGGUCCAUUAAAAUAUUCUGAAUCUUUGA